GCCUCCCGUAGCCAGUGCUCCAUUCCACGUGCCAUGGAUCAAGACCUAUUUCUAUAUUAUUGAUAUUUGCACUGGGGUGAUUGUUAAUGUUCAUCCCCAGUCAUAUCCUCAGGGGGCUAUUUGUGAGGAGAAGAUGAGAGGGAGGCUCUCAAGUACUCUAUACCCGAACAAACGGAGUUCUUAGUUCUCUUCAGAGUGCUUUGAGACCUUCGAUUGGAGCAGUCAUGGCUGCUUCGCAGCUGGGUGACACCUUCCUUCCCCCCAUAGAGUGACACAUCAGUGGCUUCCUGUUUCUCUCCCUGAGGGGCACUUUCAGUCUCCUCUUCAAAAGAGCAUGCAAACACACACACGCACACACUCCUCUGCUGGAGGAAGCAGGAAACCAGUGUUGUUGUCCCUUUGGGUCGGAGAGAAGGGCACACGGGGUCCGGAAGGUGAAGGGGUUUAGGGGCCGCACACCGGAAGCGCCUUUGAGGAUCCCUGCCGGUGUGAGCCCCGUGGGGCCGUGGGGAGGACCCAAGAGUGGUGUGUGUCUCCUCACCCUACUACAGAUCUGACUGACCAGUCCCGAGUCUACGUGGCUGCCCGGGAUGGAGUCUGUGGCCUUGUACAGCUUCCAGGCCACUGAAAAUGAUGAGCUGCCCUUUAACAAAGGCGACACUCUGAAGAUUCUGAACAUGGAAGAUGACCAGAAUUGGUACAAGGCGGAGCUGCGCGGUGCUGAAGGCUUCAUCCCAAAGAAUUACAUCCAAGUCAAGCCCCAUCCGUGGUUUGCAGGUCGGAUCUCCAGGCAGUUUGCAGAAGAGAUUUUGCUCAGAAGAAAUCACCUGGGAGCCUUCUUGAUCCGGGAAAGCGAGAGUUCCCCAGGAGAAUUCUCGGUGUCCGUGAACUAUGGCAAUCAGGUUCAACACUUCAAGGUGCUCCGUGAGAACAUGGGGAAGUAUUUCCUUUGGGAGGAGAAAUUCAACUCACUCAAUGAAUUGGUGGACUUCUACCGCACAACUACCAUCGCCAAGAAGAAGCAAAUCUUCCUCAGGGAUGAGGAGCCAGUGCACAAGCCACCCAGAACCAAGUUUGCCAAGGCCCAGUUUGACUUCACCGCCCAGAACCCCUCCCAGCUCAGCUUCUAUCAGGGUGACAUCAUUGAGGUGCUGGAGCACUCUGACCCCCACUGGUGGAGAGGCCAGCUCUGUGGCCGAGUGGGCUUCUUCCCUCGGAACUAUGUUCAACCAGUCCACAUGUGAACUGUUACAAGAUCCCCACAUCUCUCCACCCCACAGAACUGCUUUGGAUGACCAAGACUUUUCUGGAUGAGCAAGCAGCCACAAUGGGGAGGAGCCAGUGGGUUCCUACUGUUCCGACAUCAAGAGUCCAAAGUAGAUUUCCAGCUGUAUCUAGAGGGGCUUGAAUUGGGCUGGACCAAGGGAGAUUAUUUUCUGGACCAAUUCAAUUUAGUAAACAUUUAUUAAAUACUUACUUUGUGCAAAGCACUGGGGUUAUAAAGACAAAAACAGCCUUUUCCCUCAAAGAACUUAUAUUCUAUUAGAAGAAUAAAAUCUGUACUUGGAUGUCAUGUGAAAACAAGAAGCAUUUAUCAGGCACCUACUGUAUGCCGGGCACUGUGCUAAAUGCUGGGGGUACAAAAAAGAGCAAAAAAUAAUCCUUGCCCUGGGGGAGCUCACAGUCUGAUGGAUACAACGUGCAAACAAUUAUAUAUGAAAAAGAGAGAUACGUGAUUAAUUGGGGGUAGUCUCAGGGAAGGCACUAGCAUUAGAAGGGGAUUAGGAAAGGCUGCCCAUAGGAGGUGCGAUUUUAGCUAUGUUUUGAACAUACAGGUAGAGAAUUUGUACAUACAAUUUGUACUUAUAAAAUCAUACCUCCUACAGAGAGAGAAUUUGUAUAUAAACACCAAAUUUAUAUAAGGCAAUUUGAAGAGGCAGAGAGUCCUAAAAACCAUAGAUCUGCACAGUGAGGGCCAGAUGUGAUGGUACAGCUGUUGGGGAGCAUUUCCAUUGAAUGAUUCUUUGAGUAAUAACUGAUUUUGACUUAUUGAAGUAUUGUUACUGUUUGGGGGGGGGCGCAUAAUUCAUUGUGACUUUUAAUACCCAUAUGUAAGGUAGAUAUGGAACUUACCUGUAUCCCUGUAUAAAUGGGCAUCCAAUGGCUACAAGGCUUAGGCUAGGUCCUACUCAUAAUAUGACCACAUAUGUAAAAUGUAUGCUCAUGAGUAACAGAGAUCCCAUCUAUGAGAGGGAGCUUCAGGUAUAGUAAUAAUGCCAGGCCCUGUGGGACUCAGUAGAUUGAGGGACAGACCUAGAGAUGCGAGGUCUUGAGUUCAACUGGCCUCAGAUGCUUCCUAGCUGGGCAAGUCACUUAACCCCCAUUGCCUAGCCCUUACCAUUCUUCUUCCUUGGAAUCAAUAUACAAUAUUGAUCUUAAGAUGGAAGGUAAAGGUUUUAAAAAAUGCUAAUCCCAGUAAUAAAAAUUAUUCUAGAAAUAUAUGUUUAUAUGUAUGCAUAUAUAUACACAUAUAUGUUUAUGGCUAAAGGUAGGUUACUUUCAAAAAAGAUUCAAGUCAUCAUAUUUGUGCCUUGAAAGAAGAAAGGAGGGGGGCAAGGAAAUGAAUCAUCAAGUUUGUAUCCUAGCAAUUCUAAACAAUUUGCUUUAAGGGGUUAAUAUAUUUAACUUUUCAAAAUGCAAUCCUAAACUUAUAUCAUGAAUUGCCAAAGGCCAUCAUACCCCAGCUGGCUGACAAGGUCACAGUCUGAGGAAAGGAGGUCUGCAAAGCAGACCCCAGAAUGAGGGCCUCCUGAUGAUACCCCUGAGUGACUUCUCUCCCCAAAUUUUCCCCACUAAUGGAUUUAUGAUUAUUAUUCUCUCCCUAAUAUCGGAGAAAUAAUAUGAGAGCAAAUACUUAUAGGAUCAAUAAAUAUAUAUACACCCUACUAGGGUAUAAGUCUAUAAGACCCCUAGGUUAUUACCCCCAAAAGAUUGCAAUUACAGAAUUAAAGCCCAAAGAUUAUUGCCCAUGACCCCUCCUUUCUCAAGCACAAGACAUGCUCCAAGACCCUAUAAUAAAUACCAGCCAAAAGCUUGAGUACUAUAAUGAAUCUUUUCCUACAGUUACCAUACUCCAAUGAAUUUGUUGAAACAGAAGCCAAGAAGCAUUGCUAGGCUCUUCAAAGUAACACAAGAAAAACAGAACUUGUAAAUUGAGGAAAACUCCAAAACUGGUCUGCUUUAAGUUCUCACACCUAGAUGCAAAGAUGUUUUGUUGUUUAUCUCCCAAGCAAUUAUGAUUGAUAGUGAAAACUGAUCAAAAGCACAAUGAUCCUCUCAGCAGGUCAGGGGAUACUAACCUACAAAUGACUUUAUUCACAUUAAUCAUAUCUGUCACAGAGUGUUGUAGAAACCUAGUAAAUGAUCAUAGAAUUCUUUGUUGCAGUAACAUCACAAGAGUGUUGUUUAGGUGAUUUGAUAAUAUCCAAUCAAAUUGUAGAAUGCCACAUACAUAGAAAAUUGCACAAUAGUCAUCAUCCAUAACUAGGUUAUACCCUACAUCUAGCCCAAGAUGAAUUGAAGUCACUUUGUAAAAAUGGAUAUUUGAACCCUGGACUUCAAUCCCCAGAAGUCCUUGCUCUAGUUCCCAGGAUACCCUCUAAUCUCACUGAGAUCCUCACUUGGGUGAGAUCAAAAUGUCUAUUUAAACUGACUGAAAAGCCUACUAUUUCGCUCUUCCUACUUCCGCUUCUGAACACACGCUACCUAGCAAUGUGAGUGGUUGUGAAUGGGCUUUCUGGGCCUAGACACGUGCUUUCUUAUUUUGUAUUUUCUUUAUAUUUUUAAUUUUUAAUAAACCUCAUAAAAUAUAAUACUUCUAGCAGAGAAACUAAUUUUACCUGCUACAACUUCAAUUAAAAAACAAAAAAGGGGGAGAUGCAGGGAGCCAUCAAAGGCCAUGCUGUCUGACACAGUCCAUGUGGAAACCGAGGACUGCAAAGCAACCCCCAGGAAAGAUGGAAACACUCACUGAAACCUCCCUAAGUGACUUUCAUUAUUAACAUCCCCUUAUUAUUGGAAUUGCCAUGAUUAUUAUUCUUACUUAGCCCCAGGAAAAAUAGAUGAGAGCAACAUGCUUGCAGGGUUAAUACAGAUGCCCCAUUCUGUCCCCCCAGGAUAUUACUAGGAGAGCCCACUUACAAAAUUAAACCUAAGGAUUCUUAUAUACCCACUAAGACAGGAGCCUCUUUUCUAGGCAUAAAAACUUCUGGCAAAUUUGUGCUCUGAAUUCCCUAACCUAUAUAUGGGUCAUAUUGAUUCUCCCCAUUGAUCCUGCCCUUAGCAACAAUGUUUCAUUGACUAUCUCCCUAGAUUUCCUGUCUAUUUUUAGGUUCCAUGGAAAUAUGUAUGUUGAAAAUGAAACUGUGUGCCAAGUAGAUGUGUGAUCAUGAGGUUAUAAAAUAAAGUCAGACCUCAGCCAAGGAGGAACAGUUUAUCCUGUGAAACCUGUGCUGUGGGUUAAAUGCAAAA